GGAGAGAGGGGGGGCGUGACCGUCGGCUUCAUUCCUCACACUGCUGUGACCACAACAACAAGAGGCGACACAACGAAUGGCAGAGAAGUCAGAAUAAAACAUUAAAAUAGGUAAGACGGGGAAUUAACGGGCAGAUAACGAGCGUUUUUACCGGCUCUUUCGUGUUUAACGGUCGGACGUUGGUACCGUAGAUGUGAGCGGCACACAGGAGCAGCCUGCGAAGCGACCGUUUGGUGCGUUUCAUUUGAUGGAAAUAUCGCAAUAACGAGAUGUCACGGAAUCCCGUUAACUUGAUUGUGUGGAAAUAAAUGUGUAAAUAUUAAAUGUACUCUUCGACACGACGGGUUGAAGGCGUUUGAAGCGUUUUUUAGAGGCCGGUACGUUGUGUUCUCUGUUGAGGGCUCAGCUCAAUAUAGCAUGGCGGCCCUGGGUUGUGCUUAAAAUGUAUGUUGGUUACAAAAGGCAUCCUGCACGGUGACACACAGAGGGACAACCUGCGGGUUAGUCAUCACAUCUGUUCAUCCUUUUUAAUGCGUUUGGUCCGUCGACAGUCAUUAUAUUACCAAAAACAAAUCUCAAUACUAGACGGUGUUUUAACAAGAAAUGCGAAUGAGCUAAUUAUUCCUAUUCAAAUGAACUGUAAUACACUUUAGCAUGGGCCUGGGAAGGAACUGGAUGUACAUUUACUCAAACACUGCACAGAGCACUUGAGUGAAUGAUCCAUGCUCAGUCCAGGCCUUUUAUUUCCUCUGACUCGACACUUACAUACCCUUUGUUUUGUAAUUGCUUUGUGGUUCCAAAAUGAUAGCACUUAACAUUUUUAAGACAGUUUCUUUGUGAUAUAGCAGAAGUGUCAGUAUCUCUCUGGGGAGAAACCACUCCUAGUCAUGGGUAAAUACAUUAAAAGAAGCUCUUCCUUUGUGAGAUGCAACAUUAAAAUGAUGCAUCCAUGUUUUGCAUAAUGCAGGUUAUUCUUGUGCAACUCUCAAUGCUGACUGUGUUGAUUUUCAGUGUUAUGUUUUUACUCACCUAAGAUAUAAAAAUGCAGUUUUACUAGUUACAAAGUUUUUUUUUUUUUACCACCAUUCAAUUCGUCUAACAGUAGUUGGUGUGCUUUUGAAAAUAAAUGUAACAAGCAAAGACUGGUGUCCUAAAAAGGUUAAAGAACAGAAGUACAGUUUUUUAAGUUUUGCAGAACAGCUAAUAGUCAAUUACGUUUGUUAGCAUGCUCUUGUUGAAUUUAGAAGGGUCUCUUGAAAUGUUCUUAGUUUGGUUGCAACCUUUUUUUUUCCUCCUGAAGUUUACAAGGCUUGUUCUCGUCACGGACAGUGCACCAGUUGCAGCUUGCUCUCCUGGGAAAUGUUUGUCUGGAAUUAGUCCAGAACCGAUUUCACAUUCAAACGCUCGUGUGGCAUGUGUUCGUCAGCACAUCCUGCCGCACCAACUGUAGAUGGCAGUUCCCUCUCUUUUCUCAUGCUACCUUUUUUUUGUUGUUGUGCGCAGACAGCUGCAGCGAUGGGCAAGUCCCAGUCACACUUGGCCAAGCACAAAGCUGAGAGUCAGGACACGCUGAUAUGUGGUGACGGUCAGACAGAAGAAGAUGGAAAGAAUGGAGAUGUUUCUCAGUUCCCUUAUGUGGAGUUCACAGGACGGGACAGCGUCACAUGUCCCACGUGUCAGGGCACCGGCAGAAUCCCCCGAGGUAAAUUUAUCACAACCCUCUUACAUUAAUGUCCUGAUACAUGACUCUGCAGUUGAACAAUAUCACAUGAAGUGGAUGUUGCAAUAUUAUCUUCUUUCUGCUAAAAUCUUUCCAAUAUAAAUCGAUACAGAAGUUGACAUUGGGUAAAUGUAGGUGAUGUGCAGAGAGGUGUUGAGGUGCUGCUGGUAGCACUGGCAUAACUGCGCACCUGUGGUAACCUUCAUACUAGUGUUUAUAUGAUGCAGCAGCCCGGGGUGUGUUUUUAUAGUUAACAGCCAUGCAAUUUCCUCUAUCUCUAAUGCCGCACAGCUAUCUCUAUGAACUGUUUGUGUGUUCAAGUGCGGUCCACACAUGGACCAAAUGAAGCAUGGAUGUAGUCUGACCCACUGGUUUCUAAAGUCUGUCAACUGCAGACAGACUACUCUCCAGUAUCAUUAAAAGUAGUGCUUCAAAAUUGGUUAUCUUUUUACAAAGCUAUGAACGGGCUUAAAAAGCAGUUCUGUGUAGGAUUUAUUUCCCAGCACCAAAGGUCAGACUAUUUAAACAUUGUAAAAUUACGACACAUCCCUAAUGGAAAAAGAAAGAUGUUGCAGUGAAGACAACUGAAUAUCUGUUUGGUUUUCUGCUCCAAACAUGUCCAUAUAUCACUGUAAAGUACUUGCUAAAGUACGCAGUGUUUACAUCAUGUUCAGACAUUUGGACCAUAACCUACAUAGAAAAGUACACAGCCAUUAAACUGUUCAAUUCUUCUGUAAAUAGCAUCUGACGUCAGACACCAUGCAAUUGCAUUUCCCUUUAGCGAUCAAUAAAGUUCUUCUUCUCUUAUUUCUUAUAUUUCCAUUAGUCGGAGGAUAAUAAUCAGGCGUAAUGCCGUUAAAGAUUUAAUACAUCCAAUGAUGAUAGUCUUAAAAAAAACAGAAUCACUGUAACAUCCAAGAAAAAUGAGAAAAAGCUGAAUUUGAAGGCCUUAUUACCUGACAGUGUAGAGUUGGCAGAUAGAAUUAGUCAACCACGAGACCACAGUUUCACAUCCCCUAACAUUUUUGAUUAACGCCAGAAAAUUUCCACUUUUACAGCAGGUUUCAUGAAAACUGUAUGCUCUCGUUUUUAUACUAUUGCCGUAGAAUGGGACUCACGACACCUUUCCCUAGAUGAAACCACCUCCAAUAAACAGUUCAAGCUUCCAAGUGAACAAGUGUCACAAAUCAGGAAUGAGGUUAAAAUUCCUACAGAUCUAUUUAUAACCAAGAGAUUUACGGUGGAUUUUCAUGGUAAAAACUCAUGUUUUGGUCACUUUAUCAAACCCUGACAUAGAGGUUUAUUCUGCUAAAAGAGCGGUAAAAGUAAAUUCAGCUCUGUGAGUGAGGGUUUUAAUCUGAGUAUUUUGGAGGGUUUUAAUCUGAAUAUUUUAGAGGGUUUAAUCCAAUUAUUUUCGAUGGUUUUAAUCUGAUAAUUUUAGAGAGUUUUAAUUUUAAUAAUUUUAGCGUUUUAAUCUGAGUAUUUUAGUGGUUUUUAAUCCAAAUAUUUUUGAAGGUUUUAAUCUGGGCAUUUUAAGGGUUUAAUCUGAGUAUUUUAGAGGUUUUAAUCUGAGUAUUCUAGGGGUUUUUAAUCCAAAUAUUUUUGAUGGUUUUAAUCUGAGUAUUUUAGAGAGUUUUAAUCUGAGUAUAUUAGAGGGUUAAACCUGAGUAUUUUUGGGAUUUAAUCGGAGUUAGGGUUUUUCCAGCUCCCUGCCUUUUUGCAUGAGCUUUAAGGUCGUUACACACACAGGGAAGUUUCACAUACUGUGUGUCCACUUCUGACCAAUCAGAUUUCGUGUUGUUGUGAUGUCAGAUUCACCGGUAUAUCCAACAUGGCCGACCUGCUGAUUGUUUACAUGUUGGAGAACAGAGUGCUUUCUGAUAAAAAACACACACAUCACAAAGAUAACGACCUGAAGGACAACUUGUGGAGAGUCAUAGCGUCGGUUUUCUCAUAUGACAAUGGUUUGUGUGCUUUAACAGUUUGCUUAAUGUGUUUGUUUUAACUUUAGGUCUCAGUUGUUACCUUACGUUUAUGUAUUAUAGUUUAAUGUGCUUAUCUGGUACUAGCCCCAACUCAGUACAUGCUAUCAUGACAGACAGGCAUCUCAACACUAGUGUCUAAUCAGAACUGAAAAACAGGGGAAAAGUCAGGACUGUACUUUGUGACUGAUGCUAUCACAUUUGUUCAGGUCAACUUUGUACAGUAGCGUUGUAGCGAGCAAAUCUUACAACAUACUCGAUGCAAAAGUUAAAUGCCGUCUUUUCUCUUUCAUCUACAGGUCAGGAGAAUCAGCUGGUGGCUCUGAUUCCAUACAGUGACCAAAGGCUCAGGCCGAGCAGGACGUAAGUCUGCAGGGUUUUAAGAUCAACUGUGUGGCAGCUCUGUGUGAUGAAAUCCAUUGCUCUCGCAGACAAUGGCGGCACAUGCUUUGAAGUUAUCAGCUGCUUUCAGGGUCUCACUUCUGUUUCCUGUCUCCUACAGAAAGCUGUAUGUCACAAUAUCAGUGGUCCUGUGCCUGCUGCUGUCUGGCCUGGCUGUUUUCUUUCUGUUCCCUCGCUCUAUUGAUGUCUCCUACGUGGGAGUGAAGUCCGCCUAUGUCUCCUACGAUCUGGACAAACGAAUCGUCUAUCUCAACAUCACUGUAAGGCUGUGUAUCUGCUCUUGUAAAUGUUUAUCUGUUUAACCAAGCCCUAAAGCUGCAAAGAUCAAUACCUGCACAUUUACACUGGAUCACAUGAGUACUUGUAUGUAAAAAGGCUUGCUCAGAGUGGUGAAAACACUGUGCACUGUCACUUGACUCUUCAGUUUAACUGAGCUCUGGCAUAAAGAGCUUAAAUGUGACUCAUAGCUUAGUUUCCUAACCCUGAGCUUGACUGUUUUGGUUUGUGUCACUGAUCUCAUCGGGGAAUUUUCCUGCUGCAGAGGAGAGCAAUUUCCAAACAAACAAACCAACAACAACCAAAAAACCCUUCAUACUCAGCCAGUUAAAAUACAAAUACAGGGCUUUAUAGGGUGACCGUUUCACUUGUAUUUGCGACUAAAAUAGAUGUGUGCGAAUUGUAAAAUGAAUUUAGGGGCACAUGUGCGCAUAAAAAAAUCAGGCAAGGCAACAAAUGUGUUUUCAUGUUUCAAUACUGCAGUUAAGUUAGUUUUAAGUUGGAUAUUCGACGGACAUUCACUGCGGAUCUACCGGUGUCUGCUCACUUUCCAUAACCGGAAAUAGCAACAGCAGCGCAGUUAAAUCUACUCUGCACCCUCACUGUCAACGUCGGGUGUUGAAUGAGGGACCGUCAAUAAAUUACCGGUUGAUGUUCUCAGAAAAAAGGCUGUUUCCCUUCAAUAGCUUCCAUGUCAUGUGACUAAGAUCAGACAAUGAGACAAACUUCAUUUCCCUAAUUUGUCCUCUAAAAAAAAAUUUAAGGCAAAUUUUGAACCUGUGACCAACUGACCUAAAAUUGAUUUCAAAUAAUAGUACUUCUGUCGACCAAUAAGACAAACAUUAUUUGAUCAAUUUUCAUUGUGCCCCUAAAGGUCUUUGUGUGCUCCUUACUUUUUAACUUAGGAAAACAUGUGCUUCUUGUGAAAAAAGUUAGUGUCAACAACAGUAAGGAAAACUUCCUACAAAACUUCUUAAAUAUAAUAAAAAGAGAUUUUAAGUGUAUUUUUUGCAGUAGCUCCUAUUUGAAUGAUUGUGGGUAAUUAAGCAGCCCUUUACUAAAUAUCCAAGUCGUGGUUGCAGUUUCCUUCCCCUGCCUUCGGGUGGAAAAAAUAUUAGUAACUUCAUGGGUAAAAUGCUUGAGAUUCAUAACUAAUGAAUAUGAGACUGUAAUGCCAAAUAUCUUACACUUGUAUGUUCUUCCAUGCAGAGCACUCUGAACAUCACCAAUAACAACUACUACACCGUGUCGGUGACCAACAUCACAGCCCAAGUGCAGUUCUCCAAGACGGUGAUAGGCAAGACCAAGUUCAACAACAGCUCAGUGAUCAUCCCGCUGGAUGAGCGGCAGGUACUUGAGUUUGGAUUAGAUUAUUUUUACAAAGAAAAUCCACAUCAAACCAAAGCAACAAAGGUUACCAACGGUUACAUCAACAGUUACCAAGUUACUUCUAACUUCCGCAGCUUAACACAACAGCGUACUGUUGAAACUAUAGUAACACAAGGACUCUCACUGCACUUGACCUUCAGACUUCCCAUGUGAUAACUGGAAUAUAAUAUCAGUUUUGUUUCUGCAGAAAUCCAGACUUCAAACUAAUAUUUAAGCUCCAUGUAAGCCUCAAUGUCUUAGUCUUGUGACUUCACAGAGCUUACAGAUCAAGCAGAAAUCAUGACCCAAACAAAGUCCCUGUUUUUAAUUUUUGAGCUGAAAUAUGUUAUAUGUUAUUAUGUAAUCAUUAUUCUCUUCUUCUGAUUACUCCAGAUUGACUACACAGUCCCCACCACUAUUGCUGAUGAGAUGAGUUAUAUGUUGUAAGUAUCACAGCAGAUCUCAUAACAAUGCACCGCUUCCUCUCUGAUCAUUCUUAAUCAUCAAUCACUUCUUUUCUUUCAGUGACUACUGCACCUUGCCAACCAUCAAAGUUCACAACAUAGUGGUCAUGAUGCAGUAAGUAUGGCUUUGACUUAAACAUUUGAAAUAUAUCUCUUCAUGUGUAUAUCUCUCUCAUUUCUGUGAUUUGGUUGAGCGAUAAAUCUAUCGCACAUCAACAUCAGUCCUGUGAACACACUCCUCCUCCACACUUGCAUAGUUCCACCCACGCGCACCCCGUGGCUUCAAGAAACAAAACAGCUCUGUCUCAAAAGUACGGCUCAGACCAGCAGGGGGGACUUAGGCGGGUUUUCUGGGUACAUUGCUCACUGACACGUUAACGCUGACAUUCAACCAGGGUGUGAAUCUUAGAAAGAAAACAUUCCUCUGAAGAUAAAUUAAUCUGUACUCGUUAUUGAAUCCCUCGUGGUCAUCAUUGAACAAAUGCUUCAGAGAGCAACAUUAGAUUUAAUCUCAGAGUAAUUGGAAGGAAAGAAGCAGCAGUGAACGUAAAAUUUACUCUAAUCUACUGAAACUUCAGUCUUACCUUAUUGUGUAAAGAUGUGUAAGACUAAAAUGGAAGCUGGUAUUGUUCUGCUAGCUAGACUCAAUACUAGGCAUCCAGCAUUAUAUACUCUCAUCAGAUUAAGCUCGAAUCUGAUUUUCUAAAACAACAUUAACAAGAAACAAUUAAAAAGAAUGCUGCAAUCACCUACCUAUUUUAGAGAUCUCUAAAAAGUAGAAAGGAUGCUCUUUAUAGUCUGUCUACAAAAGUAAAUGUGGAUGUGGAUGGAUAUAUAUAGAACCGAAAGUCACUGGAAAACUAUUUGGCGAUUAUCCGAAUAGUCUCCACAUGACCACCCAGACAUCAGAGAGACACAGAAAGAGAGACGCGUUACUCCACCUUAUUGUAUUUUUCUCAAACUUUUCUGAACUCUUCGCUGACAGCAGAAGCCUCUAAAUUUCCUCCAGUUCACCGGCAAAAACAGGUGGCAACAGGCACUCAUACUUCCUAAAUCACAGCCGAUCUCUGCUCUCUCAGUCGCGAUUGUGCAAUGAAUCAGUGAGUACGAUUUUCAACCAGGUAACUUUCUUGUCAGCCAAACAGGCUUUGAUGGCAUCCCAGCUGAGGGAUCACAGAAGGAUCCUUUGAAGGAUCCAGCCUUUGUAGACCGCUGAGGCUGAACUGAAAUGAGACUUUGUAGAGUCUUGGGAGAAUUUCCUGUUUGCAUCAUCAGACUUACACCCUUGCCAAAUACUGCUCCCCAUUUUGCCUAGCAACAGGAGGCUAGCUUGCUAACCAGCUAACAAAGCUUGCAACAUCAAGACAAUUUCAAGAAUCCUCACAUCAGUGCUGGACUAAGAGUCAACAAAAACAGCUCGGAGUGUCUUACCUUGAAGUUAACUCUGAGGUUGUUUUCCAGGGUCACGGUGACUACGUCAUACUUUGGCCACGCGGAGCAGGUCUCCCAGGAGAUGUACCAGUACGUGGACUGUGGGGGCAACACCACCACCUUGCAUGGUCACAUGCCGGUCUACCAGUAAGGCAAGAAGAAGAAGAAGAGCACAGAUUAGCGUCACAUCCUGCUGUGACUGGAGGUCUCCCAGAGAUGACUGGGCUGACCUCCAUGUAGGAAAAUCUCUGCUCAAUGACUGUGGAAUCACGGACGGGGGUCAUAAUCUAUCUUAUAUUAGUCACGUGGCUCAUCCAUUCUUUAAUUCCCAACCACUUUCUUCCUUUCACACGUCAGUUUUGAUGUUAGGAGAGGGUUUUUGGAGGGUGACUUGUCAUACAGAGCUGGGUGAAGAUGAAAAAUCUUACCUGCCAGAGCUGGAGUUUAGCAGGAUUCGCCUCGAGGUUUGUUAUCACUUUCCACCGCCGUGCCAAGAAAAAUAAACAGACAUGAUUUAAUAUUCAGGAUAUUGGUUGACAUUCCCAUCAUGUUUACACUGUCACUCCUCAGUAAUGAAAUAAACAGCUUGAAGCGGUAGUUUCUGAUAUGAUGCACUUUAACCCUUACUUUGAGAUAUUUUGAAUUCUAAGCGAGUACAUUUGGAAGACUGCAACUUCUACCACCUUCUACGAUGAUUUAAUACCACUCCAACAAAAAUACAGCAAACCAAAGGGGCAGGAAGAGUCUAAGAUAGUGAAAAACCACUGAGCAGUUCCUCACUGUUUCCUUUAAACCACCAUUUCAUUCCUUCCUACAGCAGCCGGUCUCUUUUUCUUUUGAUAAAUGAUGUUGGGUAGUGCAAUUUAGGUGACACAUUAUCCUCUGUCCCUUUUUUCUGUUUUUUUUUUUCUUCCUUUUUAUGCUUGGCUUUAGCUAGUAUAAUAAGUCUUCUUUAUGCAUUUUUAACAGGGUGAUAUGAAAGCAAAUGUGACUACUGGGAAGACUGUAACAUAGUGUGAGUAAGUUUCAAAUAACUUUGUAAAAGGGAUAUUUUUAAUUUCAUAGCAAAUGUAGGAGCCUCAGCCGCCUAUAAAUCGCAGAAGUGUGUACGUUGAUGUAAAAUAUGACUUUUCCUUCUAGCUUGCUCUGUAACAUGUUUUAUUAAGACUAUUUCUUUCUUGAGCGAGAGCAGCUUCCUUCCUUUUAAUGAGGCUGUCCUACUUUUGUGGACUGUGGUGUCAUUAGCAAUAGUGUUCUCUGCUUUUUUUAAGUACAUUUGCAUCUUAAACAUGAGUUGCUCACCGGGUUCCUUGAGGUUUUUUUUUUAUUUGGGGACUAUCACUUUGAAUUGGCUGAUGAUUCACAGGUAAAUGUUAAAACACAUAAUGAUAUGUAAUAAAGAAGAGACCUGUGACAUACAAAUACCAGAAAUACUAAUUACUCUGAAGCUCAGAGUUUCUGUUGUGAUCUAACAGGUGUAUAAAAACAAACAUUGUGCAAGUUUUCAUAAAGUUAGUCUUUGCAUUUUUCAAAGAAAACUGUAAAUUCAGACCUUCCUGAUAUAUUUGCCCCUGUGUGAUUCUCUUUCUUAAAACCCCCUUUAAAAUUGAUUUUGUGUUUCUGAUGCAUGAAGCUGAAAAUAAAGUCAACUUAUUUUGAAGUUUGCCUGCAGUAGUGUUUGUCCUCACCGGGUGGAGCCUGUUCACUGCUCAACUCUCACUGUCAAGAUACCUGUAGUUUGUACAAGUUUUUCUACUCUAUUUAACCUUUUAAUUAUUUUUAUUUUAGUAAUAAAUUAUGGACAUUUUUACUGAGUUUAUAGGUCCAACAUACUGGUUAGUUUUUGAAG